AGUCAGCAUGUUUAAAAAAUCUGGAUCUAAUUCCAAAGAAUUUUAUUACUAAAACCUCUGUCAUUGAAGAACUUUUGUUGAUCCUUCGUAGACUUGAAAAUCCGAAGUAUCCACAUGAUAAAAAUUCUGACAUAUACAGUAUUAGUGUGCUUAGUUCGCAUGAAAAACCAAUCGCAAAAACACCUAAACGAUAUAUUGAUCUUUAUUCUUUGAACCAAAUAAAAUUCUUCAAUGACAGAAAUGUUUCAGCAAUUAAAUUCUUUGAAGUUGGAUCCCAGAUUUUUAAGCAUGCUAACUCUAAAAUGAUGGUACAAUUUACUCAGUAUUGGGAUUAG